AUGUCCGCCAACGAUAGUACUCCGCUUCCGAAUCCGAAUACGCCUAUGGCGUACUUGCCGCCCGAGCUGGCGUAUCAAGUGACGAUCGCGAUUUACAUCUUGGUGGGCUCGUUGGGUGUUAUGGUUUGGGACAUCCUCGACAACCUUAGAGGAGACUAUUGGCUUCUUUUCAACUUCCCAAUCAGAGCGCCCACAAUUGCGUAUUUCGUGUCAAGGCUGGCGUCUCUGGCUUAUGCCCUUUCCAGCACGAUUUUCGAAACCGCUAAGACCGGGAAUUGUCGCUCAUUCCAAAAAGGAUUGGACUGGCUCUACCCCAUCUCCGUCCCAGCCACCUCGCUCCUUUUCUUUUUCCGCGUCCGCGCAGUCUUCGACCGCGACAGGCGCGUCGUCGGAUUCUUCGCGUUCAUGUGGCUCGCGGUCCUGGCGGGCUGCUUGACGGUCACCCAAGGAGUCGAAGGAGCGGAGAUUGGCGAUACGCGGUUCUGCGUGAACGCCAGUCUCCAGCCGUACGUCGCAGCUGCUGCGAUUAUCCCGCUGGUCAACGAUACUUUGAUCUUCCUUGCGAUCACUUGGCGGCUCAUGCAGAACGCGAAUGUGGAACCUUCGCUCAAGGGUGGCGUCAGGACGUUGUUCUUUGGCGAUUACAUGCCCGCGUUCUCCAAGGCUUUGUUGCAGGAUGGCCAGGUCUACUACCUCACGACUGUCUCGAUAAGCCUUUUGACUGUGAUCAUGCUGUACGUCAAGAGUGUGCCGGUGACCUACCAAACCAUGUUCACCGUUCCCAACAUCGUCCUUAUGAACGUCAUGGCCUGCCGGGUCUUCCGCAACGUCAAGUUCGGCAAGUUCAGAGAAGCCCCACUCAGCAGCAACAGGAGGGACAACGAUCGCUCUCGCCACUCGCUCCCGAUACCUGUUUCCUUUGCGUCUCGAGCGCGCGCUAGGAACACGGAGGUGCUCGUCACGACCGUCCACGAAACUGGCAUGCCAUCUAUUCAUGUGAACGAUGCUGAAAUGAAGGAUGCUCAACGCCAUCACGACGAUGAUGACGAGGAGACGAAGACUGACCACAAGUCGUUUAUCGAUAUGGAGACACCCAGCUCUCGUGGCGCUUGA